AUGCGAAUGACUCGUCAGAGCCAAAUUUUCAUGACAAUCAUGCUAAAAAAGUCUCUAAGUUGUAGAUAUGGUAUACUCUUAGUUACUCGUCUUGUACACGAUUUUUAUCUCACUUGCGGGCCAAAGCGUCUGAUACUAAUUUGUCCUUGUACACAAACUAAUACUAAUGGUCUAAUAUUAAUUUUAAUACGAUCAAUAAGAUAUCUUUCUUACAAAAUUUUCACCCCUUGUACACUGUCCGAAAAUUUUUUUGAAGCUGUAAACUUCCUUGUACACUCAAGCUCGACAAAGCAUCUAAAAAGACUUCUGCUUGUACACUUAUCAAUAAAGAUGAUGCUCGUAGUAAAGAACUCCACAGGCAAAUUGUAAUUUCUCAGUCCGGAAAUCAUUUUUGGGCCCUCUUCCUCAGGUUUGUCAAUAUAACAUGUUCAUUUCGUUCAGCACGAAGAGACUUGUUGGCAACACGUGCCUAGUUGUACACACAGGUACACAAUUUCUACAAGAAAAAACUAUGUAAGUACUAAUCGAAUGACAAUACUUUCGAGACUUUUCAAGAAGCAAUUUUAGAGAAAUGAUACACUCCCAGAUAUUUUCAAGCUGAACAAACAAGAAACUGAAAUCAAUUUUGAUGCGAAAAUCUCUC